AUGGCCACCCCGCUGAUCGACAAAGAUACUCAAACUUACCCUGAGGAUGGCUCUCAUGCUAGAAUUCUUGUCGGCACGGGAGACGGCACAUGGAUUUGGGCCCAGGAUGGUUGGGACCUGACUCAUCGAGAAGACCCGUCCAGCGAGUUCCCAGAGACCACCAUCAACCUCGACUGCGAGCUUUCCAACAUUAAGAUCGACGCAAAAAAGACUACCUUGGUCAUCACUGACAUGCAGAAUAUUGGCCUGCACAAAGCACUCGGUCCACAAAGCGUCCCCGCCAUGUACGACGCCCAAGCAGCGAUCCUUCAGUACGCCAUACCAGCCGCGCGGAAGCUCGGCCUUCAGAUCAUCUGGCUCAACUGGGGCCUCACAGAGCAAGACCUCUCCAACUUGCCUCCCGCUGGCUACCGCGUCUGGGCUUUCCCUGCCAACUCGGAUAAGAUUGACUUUGGCUUUGGGGACCGGGACGGCGACCCAAACGAUCCGGCCAACUUUAUCAAGUGCGGCGAGCGGCCAGAUCUCUCAAAAAUACCCGGCAAGGAACUUGGAAGCGUCACGUUGGAGGAUGGAAGCGUCGUGGAUGCAGGCCGUGCAAUGAUGAGAGAUGCUUGGAAUACGGCGCUGCACGGUGCAUUGGCCGACGAGUACGAGGCAGGCAAGAAAGCGGCCCGCCCGGAUGUGUUGGUCUAUAAGAAUCGAAACUCGGGACUUUGGAACGCAGACACUGACUUGGCUGUAUAUUUAAAGAGAGAAGGCCUACGCACGCUGUUGUUUUGCGGCGUCAACACGGACCAAUGUGUCGGGGCGACUUUGCAAGACGCCCAUGCGCAAGGGUUUGACACGGUUAUGCUGAAGGACGGCUGCGCAACGGAUAGCUUACCGUAUGCGAAAGCAACGUACGAGUUCAAUUGUGCGCAGGCUUGGGGUUUCUUGACGAGCUGCAUGGCUCUGGCGAAGGCGGCUGAUCUGAGCUUCCAGUGA